GCGCGCACUCGCUGCGCGAUAUAUAGCUAUAUACACCGCCACUCUCUCGCGCUCCGUGUGUGUGUGUAGGUGCUCUUUGUGAACCGAGCGAGCUAGAGAGAGAGAGCCAGUACGCCAGUAUAUACGCGGAGCGCCAUUGGCUUCCUUCUCUCUCGCGCAGCUCGCACAGCUAGUGCGUGCAGCCGUGCUGGCUGCUGCGGCCAGGACGUUAAUAUUCUCCAGUUCCGUGUGUGCAUCGCGUACGCAAAGUGCAGGUAGUUCAGUAGUCGCGAGAAGAGAGAGAGAGAGAGCAGCAGCUCCGUUCUCGAGAAUACGGAGUACAGCAGCGAGAGCUUCCUCGGAGCUCGCAGGAUGCAGCGUAAGCAUCUGCCGACCUUAGGAGGGACGACAUCGCGGCCAGUGCGAAGUUCAUGAUGGAAAUCCCGCAGCGGAGUGAAUGAGUGCCGGAAGAGCGACACAGGAUGCGAGAAGGAGGCCGCGAAGGCGCCAUAAUAAAGUGUCGAGCGUCAGUUGAGGAUUGCCGGCGUCGUCAAGCCCGCGUGCAGCUGCGAGCGAGACGGAGCAGACGAAUUGAUCGCGCGCGCGCGCGCCGCCGUUACCACGCCGCCGCCGCUGCCGCUGCUUAUCUGCUCUCUCUCCCGUUGUUGGCACGGCUCUAAUCGCCGCCGCCGCCGCUGCCGCAGCAGCGCUGGAAAGGAAGAGUCGAGCGCAGCGUGAAUAGCCUUGUUGCAUCGGAAAAUGUUCAAUCGGGACGCCUGUGAGAGCAGUCCGAAAAUACGAGAGCUCAGGAGCAGCACAUAAGUUUGUAAAGUGGGGACUCGACGCUCUCUCUCUCUCUCUCUCUCCUCCUUCCAUUGGAGGCGCCGAGGUCGCAUCGCAUCGCACGUAGGCGGCCUCUGCAGACACACGCAGAGAGUUAUACACGAGAGACCGGAGCCUGCAGGAGGGAAACGCCGCUCAGCCACCGAAAAGUUUCAGUGCCGUUGGCUGCUCGAGAGAAAACGCAACGCCGGGGACGCGCGCGGGACUCUCGGCAGUCGAUGCAGAGUAUAUACACAGCAGUGCGUGGGAGACCGACGCUGAUAUACGAUAUACACGCGCGCGCGCCGAGUGAUUGUUGUUUGUGCUGUGCUACAGUAUACCUAGUAUAAUACCUAUACGGCUUGUCGCGAGACAGAGAUACACACACACACACACACAACGAGAUGAGUGACCCAUCGGCCGCACGAUUCGACGGAACUAUGCUCAAGUUCCUCACGCACAAGCUAAGGACUCACUCGCUCAACGAGGAUCCCAAUCAAGAGAAGGCGGACGACGACCAUGAUUCUGGGACUGAGUCGGAUGACGAGUUCCAAAAUGGAGGUGACAUCGCCGACGAAUUGUCCACUGCUAUGGACAGUCUCGAAGAGGCUGGAGCGGCUCGCGACAGUGCGGUGCCCUCGGACGCGGAUCUCGGCGCCUCGCCACCCUCGACGACGACGACGCCUUCCUCGGUCUUCGGCUUCCAGCAUCAGAUGCCGAGUAGCAGCAGCGGCUGCAGCAGCACCGAGACGCCCCCGAUCGAGCAGUCCUACGAGUUUCUGCUGAGGCUCGCCCAGACCGACCAGCACAGCUCCGAGGAGGAGCUCGAGGUGAUCAAUGGGCCAAAGGUCGUCGAGGCUGCUCCGACGCUGGCCAGCACCUCGACCGCCCAGACUCCGCUGCUUGUCAGGCCGAACGCCGCACCCGAGAAGCGAAAGUGGUCAGAAGCCAACAGCAGCAGUGCCGGCUGCUCUUCGCAGAGUCAGCACAAGCAGACCGACGGGGACGGCAUCGUCGGCACGACUUACUCGGCGCCGGUGAGCAGGACCGGCCGUGAAGCUGGCUCCGGCUCCAGCGACGAAGAGCUUUGUCGUUCGCAGGGCUUGUGCUACAGUCGCAGCGGCAGCGCGAUCUCGCAGCCGGUCCAGUUCAGGAGCUCGCCGCCGACGGAUGCUCACAAGCCGGUGCGCUCGCUCUCGCCGCCCCCGAAGCUCUUUCACGCCUCGGCCUACUCCUCAUCGUCCGCCUGCAUAGCCUCCGGCUCGUCGUCGGAGUACCCGCCGCGCUUUCAUCACCAUAGGCCUCGUUCGCGACCCAGGCCUCACUCUCAGUACCACUCGUACACGAACCUCGAUUCGCACCACCAUCACCACCUCCACCAUCAUCAUCAGUCGCACGGCCAUCACAGUCAGCAGCCGCUGCUGCCGCCCCCGUCCCAACUGCUCCAGCAGCAGCAACAGGACUUGGCGGACCUCGACGUUAUCGGGGCUUGCAGUCCCAGGAAGCGGCACAGGCCACCCCAUAGACUGCCCAGGCCUUGCCUCGACUUCGAGAAGAUGCAACAGUUGAAGGCUCAAGCAGUAACAACGUGGAGGCACACGAGCGAGCACGGCAAAGAAUUGUCCGUUUUCUGCUGGUGAGAAUGGUGAACCGUGGAUCUUUGCAAGGAUCUACGGUGACGCGCAGCAGCCGCGUCGUGCGAAUUGAAUCAAACUGAUCGGGUCAGCAGCAGUGGUGCUCGAUCAUCACUCAUCACCAUUAUCAUCACGAAUUUCAUCAGUUUCACCCUCACUGUCACCGAAGCAACCUCUGCGCCGGGGACUCGGUCAGAGACUUAGAAAAGGAGGAAGCAUCUAAAGAAGUCUGCUCUCGGUGCCUAAUCACUAUUCAUUCUCUUGAUUUAAGGUCGACUUUACCUUUACAAAUACACUGGAAACAUCAUUUAAAUCGUUAUUCAGAUAUAUUCAUUAGAAUCAGUCUUGGAGUUUAGUUCUAACUGAUUUCAACGAUUAAAUAACUAAUAAGCUGAGAAAAAAGAAUGAAUAAUUUUAAAGUUAUAGCUUGUUUGUAUCGCAUUUGUUAAAUUCAUGCUAUCGUUGUUUGAUUAAGAAAAGUAUUGAAACGUUUUAUUAUUAAAUGUAAACAGUUUUUUGUUUGUUAAUUUAUAAAAAGAAAAAUAUAUUUUAAUAGGUUGAUAUGCAAAUUUUGUUUCUGGUGUAUAUUUGAGCAUGCAAUCGAGUGAAAGUCCAAAAUGUACUUAAGACACGUAGAAAAAAAAAACUUAAAAAGCAGCACACCUUCGUAAGGGUGGCUUUGUGAUAGGGUCGCGUACCUUGUUUUUCUUUUAUUUCAUUAAGGACUGCUUUAAAUAAGGAUACUUAGAAGCGACUGAGUUUAAGAAAAAUAAUCUCUAAAGCGGACAAUGUAUCGUCCUGUAUUUCUGUGAAAUCACAAAGUGUACCACUUUUGGCUCUAUUUUGAAAAAAAGAGAGAAAACAUAUAAUCAUGUAUAAUUUUGCAUAAUUAUACGCGACUAUGUAUCUAUAUAUCACAGAUUUUAUCGAGAGCACAAAUUAUCUCUCGAUUAUAUUUAGGAAACUUUUCAAUGAUAAAGGAUAAAAAUGCGAUAAUAAAAUUGAAAAAAUAAAAAAAAUAUAUAUAUAUUCUUCUAUAACUUUCACUCGUAAUUGAUGAAAAAGAUCUUAAUGGAUCUUACUAAAGUAGUGAUAAAUAAGAGAUUAUUUUUCUUAAUAUAAAAUAACGAAUAUGAUCUUAAAGGGAAACUCAUCUUUUAAGAAAGCAUUAAUCGAUAAAAACUUGCCAAAUUCACCUUAAUUCUGCUAGUGAUUAAUCUUGAUGAAAUGUAUAGGAAUCAUGAAUUUUUAUUAAUUUCUAAUAUGAAAUAUGAAUAAAAUAAUGUUUCUUGUUUUAAAUGAUUAGAAUAUUUUGAGUAGCAUCCAUUGCUUGCUGCAACGGAAAUAUCUCAAAAUUAUUACAUUUAUUAUUACGUACAUACAUAUAUUUACGUUAGUUGUAAUGUUUUUUAAAAGUAUUAAUCGUCUACUGGUUUUGAUGAAAUUCGUCAAAUACAAAAAUACAUGUUAUAUAAAUGAAUAAAGCGUACAAUAAUGAACGAGUAAACUACUACUCUACUUCUGUAGCUCUAUAGUUCACUCAUCACAAGCAAAGAAUGAGUGAGGGCCUUCUGCCAAAAUAACGAAACAUAAAUGAAACAUGCAAGGACUUGAACUCACUCUCAUGCUCAAACGAUGUGUAAAGUUGAUCUUAAUUUUUUUUGCUUUUUAGUAACCGUAGAGUUAUAAUUUAAUGACUUUCAAAAUUUACUAUUUUCUGUUAUAUAAACUGCACACCAUUUUACGCGGAGGUAUAUAAAAAAAAAGUUAGCUGGAAAUAAAGCAGAUUAAAUAAAUAGAAGAAAAAACAGAGAAUGAUGGUGACGGUUUUGAGGCAGAUUUUAGGCAACCUUCAAUUCAUUUGUAAUUUUUAUACAUGAAAGAAGUAUAACGUGGUUCUGGUAUGUGCGAGUGUGACGAUUUGAGCGUACCUUUGGUGAUUUGUUAUAAAAGAACAUGAAGAGUUGUGUGUAAAGAAAAGGUUGAAAAAAUCGAAUAACGAAAAAAGCGGAUAUUGUGCGAUCGAACACGUUCGCUCGUUUUAUUGCGAUUCAUUCUAUCGUUUCAUCUAUUCUUAAUUUUUUCUAUGUACAAUUUACAAGUGAGAGCGUGCGUUCAACUAUUAACAUUAGGUCGUUAUUAAGCGACUAUGUAAGUACAUGCAUAUAUAUUCAAAUUUGAUGGAUGAACAGAGAAUGCAAAUUUAAUAGUUUUACAUUUUGUGUUAUCAUUCUGCGUUUAUAUGGGUUGUCAGUACAAAAGACUCUUGCUGAUUAGCGGUUUUGACAGAUGAAAAUGAACGAUUUUAUCAUUUUUUAAAUAUAAUUUUUAAAAAACCGCAUGCAGUAAUUUAUGUGAAACAUGCAUAUGUUAAAUUAUUUUGUUAAGAUACGUUUUUUUCCGUUAUGCAUAUCAAUAUUUUAAUGUUGAUGCAUUUUUAUUGCUAAAGGCUCUCAAUAUUUAAUUUUUAUAAAUAGAAUAAGUUUUUUUUAUUAGUACUAAACAUUAAUAAGUUUAGCGUUUAGAUGUUAUACAAAUUAAAUGAUGGUUAACUAUACUUUAAAAAGAAAACGAGACUUACUUUUUGAAAUUUUAUGAUCCAACAAUUAUAAGUGAAAUCGUAUUUUCAUCUUUAUUCAUAUUAUCUCUGGACUGAGAUGUUUUAACGCAAUCGAACGUGUUCAAUUGCGCUCAACAGCAAUGCUAGGUUUUAAAUGAGGAAGUGCAAUAUGAAAGAUGUAAAUUUGAUAUAGACCCAAUACGAAAUGUGAAAACGUGCGAAUUUUAUUUGACAUAUUUAACUUCUGUUAACUCCAUGCAAGUUUAAAAAAAUAGAACAAAGAAAUUUGUUUGUCUUGCAUUGCCAAAAUAAUAAAUACUUUAUCGAAACGCACGUGUAUAUGCAUAUAAUAAAAUGAAUAUACGCAUGUGUAAUCCGUAUAAUAAAAAACAUCUCAUUUAUCUAAUAACACUAUAUUAAUUGUCACAGAUAAUCACUGCGAUAUAGCGCUGCACUUGCCAGUAUUAUAGUCAGGAUUAAAAAAACAGAUUUUACAAUUUUAUGUUCCAUUUGUCAAAAAAAUAUAUUAUAAAUAUUGUGAUUUUGUCCAGGGAUUGAAGUAUCGUUAAUUAAGGUAUAUUUUUUUGCUGGGUUACCUUAAUUAAUGAUUUCAGAGUGAUGCUAAUUUUUUUCUAAAUAUUUUAUGUGUGUUGAAUAUUCAGUUAGAUUCUGUAUGUUUGCUCAUGUACAAUUUCACAUUUUUUUUUUGGAACGUGAUUUGCAAUAUAGUAGUUGCAUCGUUUUGCAAACGUAUUCUUACUAAAAAAUAAAUCCUCAGCAAAAUAUAGUGAACCGUUAAAGGAAAAAGUGCUAUACAUUCGUAUAAAAAUAAAAUAUACAGGCAAGAAAAUUAACAAACACUGACAUACAUACGAUUGAUUUAUAAUUACACUCAAGUCGGUAUUAUUGGCUGCGCGUUUAAUUAUAAAAGUCAUAUACGCGAGUGCAAGUUUUGAAAUGCGCACUCGACAUUUCACGAAUAAAUAAACAAUAUAAUUAUAUUAUAAUAAUAAUUAAGUUGGCGAAUUCCGUUUGAAACUACGCAGAUCUCGAAAAUGUAAUGUUUACGUCAGCGGAACGAAAAUUUAGCAAGCUUCUCAUAAAACUAAAACUGCGUUUUUCUACUGGUUUGCAGGUAUGACUAUGACCUCCUGUACGAGACAUGUGAGAUUAGAAUUGUGUGUAUCUGUGAUUGUUGAGCUAUACUUAUAAGCAAACAAGUAAUGAUAAAUUAUAGACAUUUUACUAUAGGUAAAAAUUUUUCUCCCUCAUUUAGACGUUAAUUUGUAUAGCUGCAAAUCUCUACAUAAAGUGAUUCUUUUCGAUUAGUACAUAAUAUUAUACAUACGUCGAGAAUAAGGCAUCGUUCAGUCAGCAAGGUUUACAUUUUUCUUGCUGCAUAUGAAAUGUAUAAAAAAUAAAGUAAGAAAACUGAUGAAAACAAAAAUAAUACAACCGAACUGAAACUUAACUUGCUUGAUCACAAGACAAAACGAAUUUAAAUAUCGUUGGGACAAUUUUUAAGAUCAAGAACCAAGUGCUCGAUUGAUAUUGAAAAUAAAAAAAUAUAUAUAUCAAAAAGAA